UGCUGUAUACUUGGAUUUUUACAGUUAUACCCCCCAGAACAUUUGAUAUUUCUCUGAGUCUUGUCUUGGUGGCUAGCUGCUGAUUCCUUGUUUUAAAACGUUAACGAACAAGAUGAGGUUUCGAUCUAUAUUCAGGGUUCAUGUGAGCAGAACAACUAAAUCGGCGUUCUCUUUGUCCAGAUUUGAAACCAGACGUUCAUUUUCUCUGCGAUGUACCAAUUACGAACGUCCUUCAUUUGGGAUUGCUUUUGAUAUUGAUGGUGUUAUUCUUCGAGGCUUUAAACCUAUUGGGAAUUCUCCACAAGCUUUGAGAAAAUUGUACGAUGAAUCUGGUACUUUGAAGAUUCCAUUUCUAUUUUUGACAAAUGGAGGUGGCGUUCCGGAAUCUAAACGAGCGUCGGAGUUGAGUGAACUUUUGGGAGUUAAUGUUCUUCCUUCACAGGUUGUACAAGGCCAUUCACCAUUCAAAAAGUUAGUCAAGAGUUUUGAGAAUGAACUUAUUGUUGCAAUCGGAAAAGGGGAACCUGCUAAUGUGAUGGCUGAGUAUGGAUUUAAAAAAGUUCUGUCAAUGGAUGAAUAUGCAUCUUACUUUGAUAACAUUGACCCGUUAGCUCCAUACAAGAUGGCACCUAAUAAUAAUAUAACAUCAAAUGGAUCUCCGAGAUAUGACGUAUCCUCAGAAAGAGUGCAGGCAGCAUUUGUUGUUAGUGAUCCUGUUGAUUGGAGCAGGGACAUUCAGGUUCUUUGUGACAUUUUAAGAACCGGAGGACUUCCAGGAAAGGAGAUUGGGCAUCAGCCACCAUUGUACUUCGCAGCUGAUGAUCUUGAAUACCAGGCUGCUUUUUCAUCUGAACGUCUUGGUAUGGGCGCUUUCAGAAUAGCACUGGAGUCGAUAUUCAAUAGAAUUCACCCUGAUGCUCUUCAGUACACAUCUUUUGGGAAACCACAUCCUUUUGUUUUUAAGAAUGCAGAGAAUAUAUUGAAUCAGCUUCAGCCAUUUUCACGUGAUAACCAUGUUGUUAAAGAUGGAGAGGCUGUUGCUCAGCCUCUGACAAGCUUAUACAUGAUUGGAGAUAACCCUGCAGUUGACGUCAAAGGUGCACAACAGGCAGGACACCCUUGGUUUUCUGUCCUGACAAGGACAGGAGUUUUUAGGGGAAACGAAAACCAUGAAAAGUAUCCAGCUGAUCUGGUUGUUGACACGGUUGAAGAUGCUGUGAAUUAUAUUUUGGAUAAAGAGAUAACUUCCCCGCGUAAAAUAUAGCAAUUGCAGGAAGCUGAGGUAAGGAAACCAAGUGCAUACAAUUUAAUUUACUGUUUAAGCAGAAUCAGAAGGGGUUAUAGCUGCUGUACUUGCAGAGUUAUUUUCAAUAUUCUUUAUGAUACAGAUGCACAGUUACUCAUUUAAUUAGUGCACUGCUUGUGAUUGCUAUAUUAUUUCACCUAGCAAUCUUGACCGCUGAAAGAAGUAUAUGUUGCGCUUGAUGUGAGCCUAGGCUGCACAUGAGUUUUUCGGGGAACUUAUUACAAUUCUUAUCUUGUGGCAGUAACAUAAUGCUAUAUCUUUUUGGGUUUUAUUCAGUCUUUCUCCCUCACGAUUUUUGUACAUUUUGUCAAGUGACAGUGAAUGCAAUGCGUAUGUAGUCAAUAACAUACUUCUUCAUGCGGGCUAAGUUCCUUUUCUUGUUUCUUUCUACUGAUCUUGAUGUAACCAAAUUAUCUAUAUCAAGUUCUUAUCUCUGA